AUGCGUUUGUUACUGAAACUUGAUUCUGUGAGAGGGGGUUAUGAAGCAGUUCGUGAAUUGAGAAGAAGGGUUAGUCGUAGAAUUGUAGGGUUACAAGAGAUUUUAGAUGCAAUUAGUGAUGAAAGAGUUAAAGAUUCAGAUGAAUUGACACGGAAUUGGGAAGAUGUUGGACGUAUUUGUGAAGAUUUGGCUGGGAGAAGAAUUCAUGGUGAUCAGGAGAGAUUUUUAAUGGAGAAAUAUUGUAUCGAAACUUCAGGUUUUCGCUGCUUGGAGAGGUUUUUCAGAGGGGUUUAA